UAAAUUUGAUUUGAGCAUAAAAAGUAUGUCCAAAUCCGUUUAUUUCCGCUGUGUAUGUAGUAUACUAAUUCCUACAGCAAGCAAGCAAAGCCACAAGAGAGAGGACACUGUUUUCAACUUCCUAUCACCAAGGCAAGCAGCAAGUACCACAAAUGGAAGGAACUCAUGAGACUGAGAUAGGUAUGAGAGAGAAUAUGCUUUAUGACGCAUCAGUGAGUGGGAAUACUGAGUCCUUGAAGAAGUUGAUUGAAGAAGAUAGACUCACUCUGUCCCGAUCUUCACUCACUUGUUUCGAUGAGAAUCCUCUUCACAUAGCUGCUAUGCAAGGUCAUCUGGAUUUUGCAAAAGCUCUUGUGACUCUCAAGAAAGACUUGGUCUCUGAUUUAGAUUCAAAGGGCCGAUCGCCUCUUCACUUGGCCUCUGCAAAUGGGUAUAUAGAGAUAGUGAAGGUGUUGUUAAUGGCGAACCCUAAUGUUUGUCUCAUGCGAGAUGAAGACGGAAGGACUCCUCUUCAUGUGGCUGCCAUGAAAGGCCGAGUUGAUGUGGUGAGCCAGUUGGUUCAGGCACGACCAGAAGUAGCUAAGUUCAAGUUGGAUCGAGGUGAAACUGUUCUGCACUUGUGUGUGGAAUAUAAUCGUUUGGAGGUUUUGAAGCUAUUGAUAAGAUUUACGACGGUUGAGGAUACAUGGGUUAAUGACAAACUUGAUAAUGGCAACACUAUUUUACACAUUGUUACCAACCUCAAGCAAGUGGAGACCAUAAGAUACCUAUUGCAAGAAACUGCGGUGGAAGUGAAUGCUGCGAAUGGCAAUGGUAUCACGGCUUUGGAUAUCAUAGAACAUAUGCCAAUUAGAGAUUUAAAGGCCAUGGAAAUCAGUAGAUUGCUUAUGCAAGCUGGAGGCCACAUUGGCCACCAACUGCGUGAUCAUGGUAGUGGUCAUGGGGAAAUAUUAGUAUCACAGCCACCCUCGCUGGUCAAUGGCACGUUGAGGCCCCCAACAAACAAACAUGAUUGGUUAAAUAGAAAACGUAAUGGCUUGUUGAUAUCCGCAACUGUAAUUGCAGGAAUGGCUUACCAAUCUGGGCUUACCCCACCUGAUGGGCUUAAAUCAAAUGGAAAUUCCGAUAUGACUGCAACAGAAUUUCAAGUAUUUUGGAUUGCAAACACAAUAUCUUUUGUUGCUUCUCUGACCAUAAUGCUUUUGCUCGUAAGUGGGUUACCAUUGAAGAAUAGAAUUGUGAGGUGGAUGCUACUGGUUGCAAUGUGGGUGACAAUAACAACCUUGGUAAUGAGUUAUUCUUCUUUGAUGACGGCCAAUUCGGGAGGACUUAUACUUGGGCCUAACUUCAAUGCGCGUGUCAUUGUCAUUGUCAUAUGGGUGUACUUAUGCUUGGGCCUAACUUUCAUAGUUUUCCUUGUCCACACUUGUCGCUUCAUCAUUUGGAUCAUCAGGAAAGUGUGCAAAUGCAUAAACAGGAGAAACACAAAUGAGAUUGAAGGUGGUCACCGACAAGGGCAAGUUCAAGUUUGAAAUCUCAACAUCUUUUAGUUACUACAUAUUGUAUGUACUAUACUAGUACUAAGAUAAAUAACCCAUCAGAUCUCUAUCAAUGGGCUUAGUUUUUGUCUUCUCCAGGAGAAAAAUGCAUCCACAUGGACAGCCACAAGUGAGAUGGGAGAGACUAUGUAAUGCCCCGGUAUUUUAUUCCUAUUAUAAUUACAAAUCCUUUAUAAUUA